AUGGAUGAGGAUGACACGGUCCGUAAGGCAAGGCAUGGAGACCCUGGCCACGGCAAACAGCACCAAGGUAGUGUAAGUCAUUGGAUGGAUACGGGAACCACGGCAAGCAACGCCAGUCGUAUGGAUGAGGAUGACACGGUCCGUAAGGCAAGGCAUGGAGACCCUGGCCACGGCAAACAGCACCAAGGUAGUGUAAGUCAUUGGAUGGAGACGGGAACCACGGCAAGCAACACCAGUCGUAUGGAUGAGGAUGACACGGUCCGUAAGGCAAGGCAUGGAGACCCUGGCCACGGCAAACAGCACCAAGGUAGUGUAAGUCAUUGGAUGGAUACGGGAACCACGGCAAGCAACACCAGUCGUAUGGAUGAGGAUGACACGGUCCGUAAGGCAAGGCAUGGAGACCCUGGCCACGGCAAACAGCACCAAGGUAGUGUAAGUGAUUGGAUGGAUACGGGAACCACGGCAAGCAACACCAGUCGUAUGGAUGAGGAUGACACGGUCCGUAAGGCAAGGCAUGGAGACCCUGGCCACGGCAAACAGCACCAAGGUAGUGUAAGUCAUUGGAUGGAUACGGGAACCACGGCAAGCAACACCAGUCGUAUGGAUGAGGAUGACACGGUCCGUAAGGCAAGGCAUGGAGACCCUGGCCACGGCAAACAGCACCAAGGUAGUGUAAGUCAUUGGAUGGAGACGGGAACCACGGCAAGCAACACCAGUCGUAUGGAUGAGGAUGACACGGUCCGUAAGGCAAGGCAUGGAGACCCUGGCCACGGCAAACAGCACCAAGGUAGUGUAAGUCAUUGGAUGGAUACGGGAACCACGGCAAGCAACACCAGUCGUAUGGAUGAGGAUGACACGGUCCGUAAGGCAAGGCAUGGAGACCCUGGCCACGGCAAACAGCACCAAGGUAGUGUAAGUCAUUGGAUGGAGACGGGAACCACGGCAAGCAACACCAGUCGUAUGGAUGAGGAUGACACGGUCCGUAAGGCAAGGCAUGGAGACCCUGGCCACGGCAAACAGCACCAAGGUAGUGUAAGUCAUUGGAUGGAUACGGGAACCACGGCAAGCAACACCAGUCGUAUGGAUGAGGAUGACACGGUCCGUAAGGCAAGGCAUGGAGACCCUGGCCACGGCAAACAGCACCAAGGUAGUGUAAGUCAUUGGAUGGAUACGGGAACCACGGCAAGCAACACCAGUCGUAUGGAUGAGGAUGACACGAGGGGAACCACGGCAAGCAACACCAGUCGUAUGGAUGAGGAUGACACGGUCCGUAAGGCAAGGCAUGGAGACCCUGGCCACGGCAAACAGCACCAAGGUAGUGUAAGUCAUUGGAUGGAGACGGGAACCACGGCAAGCAACACCAGUCGUAUGGAUGAGGAUGACACGUCAUUGGAUGGAUACGGGGAACCACGGCAAGCAACACCAGUCGUAUGGAUGAGGAUGACACGGUCCGUAAGGCAAGGCAGUGGAGACCCUGGCCAUGGACCACAGCAUCAAGGAGUGCAAGGCAUAGGAGACCCUGGCCACGGCAAACAGCACCAAGGUAGUGUAAGUCAUUGGAUGGAUACGGGAACCACGGCAAGCAACACCAGUCGUAUGGAUGAGGAUGACACGGUCCGUAAGGCAAGGCAUGGAGACCCUGGCCACGGCAAACAGCACCAAGGUAGUGUAAGUGAUUGGAUGGAGGGAACCACGGCAAGCAACGCCAGUCGUAUGGAUGAGGAUGACACGGUCCGUAAGGCAAGGCAUGGAGACCCUGGCCACGGCAAACAGCACCAAGGUAGUGUAAGUGAUUGGAUGGAUACGGGAACCACGGCAAGCAACACCAGUCGUAUGGAUGAGGAUGACACGGUCCGUAAGGCAAGGCAUGGAGACCCUGGCCACGGCAAACAGCACCAAGGUAGUGUAAGUCAUUGGAUAGCGGCCACGGCAAGCAAACCAAUGCGUAAUGAAGAUUGA